UCUCAAAUCAGAGGGAUGCAAAGCUUGUCGUAGUCUGACACGUUUCAUUCAAUCCAACCCGACCCAUCAAUUCUUUUGUUCGGGUUAGAUGACCCGAAUUUUAUUCAAACGAACCAGUCAUGAUAAAAGCGGCACUGCCUCGCUGCUGACUACUACUCCUCCUCCCUUCUGCUUCUGCGUUACUUUAAGAAAACAAAAACAAACUGAAUCUGACUCUGAUACGACGUCGCAUUUGGCCAUGGAGGCGUUACCCAUCCCCACUGACACGUUCAAGCUAGGGUUCAUCGGAGCAGGUAAAAUGGCGGAGAGCAUCGCCAGAGGGAUCGUCCGAUCAGGCGUUCUACCUCCAAAUCGCAUCUCUACGUUCCACGCUAACCCCAUUCGACGCCAAGCCUUCGAGUCCUUCGGCGUCGAGCUCCUCCACAGAAACGACGACGUGGUGGAAGAUAGUGAUAUCGUCAUUUUCUCUGUCAAACCUCAAGUUGUUAAAGAUGUAGUUUUGCAGUUGAGGCCACUUCUUUCCAAAAAGAAGCUGCUAGUUUCAAUUGCUGCUGGAGUCAAAUUGAAAGAUCUGCAGGAGUGGGCUGGUAACAGCCGAUUUAUUAGGGUAAUGCCAAACACUCCUUCUGCUGUUGGUGAGGCAGCAUCAGUUAUGAGCUUGGGAGUAGGUGCAACAGAACAAGAUGGAGACCUAAUAGCUAAAUUAUUUGGAUCAGUAGGAAAGACGUGGAAAGCUGAUGAAAAAUUGUUUGAUGCAGUUACUGGCGUUAGUGGCAGUGGUCCUGCAUAUAUAUAUUUGGCGAUAGAGGCUUUGGCAGAUGGAGGAGUUGCUGCAGGUCUACCUCGAGAACUUGCACUGGGUCUAGCAUCUCAAACUGUAUUAGGAGCAGCAUCUAUGGUUACUAGUACUGGGAAGCAUCCAGGUCAGCUAAAGGAUGAUGUAACAUCACCUGCUGGAACUACUAUUGCUGGCAUUCAUGAGUUGGAGAAGGGCGGGUUUCGUGGAAUAUUGAUGAAUGCCGUCCUCGCUGCUGCCAGACGCAGCCGAGAAUUUUCGCAGAGCCAGUGAGUGAUAUUCUUAUAUCAGAUGAGCUUUUGGCCCUUCCUUUUCAUAGCUCAGGGGAUAGAAUUCAUUUCCAGAGAAUCUUAUAGAUUCUUAUAUAUUGUCCCUUGCUACAAUAUGCUGAAUUAGAGUUUAAUUGAAAUACUGUUUUCAAGAUUGGACUACAGGUAGAAUAAGCUUAGCUAGCAAAAAUAAUAAUAAAAAUUUCUUGAUUUUAU